AUGGUCAAUAACAAGAAGAAUAACAAGAAAACAUCAGCCAUUGCUUCCGAAGUUGCUGGAUCAUCAUCGAAACCAUCAUCAAAGAAGACCACCACAACAGCUCCUCCAGCAGCUCCUGUUGCUACAGAAGUAGUAGUUGAAAAAGUAGAAAAAGCCACACCAACAACAACAACAAUAGAAAAGAAGCAAACAAAGAAGGCAACAACAACUAAAACAACACAAGAAAAGAAGAAGCCUGAUGUUGCUGCUGAUAAGAAGAGAAAAUUGGAUCAAGUUGUUGAAGAACCAGCUAAAAAGAAGGAAGAAACAAAGUCUUCUGCAGUAGUUGUUGAAAAAUCAUCAAAGAAACAAAAGAAAGAAACAAAGCCAGCAGUUGUUGUUGAAGAAGUAGAAUCAAAGGAAGAAGAAGAAACUGAAGUUGUUGUUGAAGAUGANAAGGAAGAAAAGAAAAAGAACAAACAAAAGAAAAUAAUUCUCAAAAUGAUUUCUAAAAAUAUUCUCUGUAAUGAAAUUAUUUCAAAUGAACUUAGAGAGGACAGGGAUAUUAAAUUGGCAUUGAUAAAAAUAGGGAAUUAUCCAUUCAAGGAAUGA